AAGUCUUGUGGAGUCAGAAGUGAUGGCACUGCAUCCAGCCAAGGAAGACGCCCUUCUGGCGUGGCUCAACGGCCUGCAGCUGGACGAACCGGUGCAGCGAAUCACACAGCUUCAGGAUGGAAUCCUGCUGCUCAAACUCGUCUAUAAACUGAAAGGGGAGGAGCCCAGCCAGACUCCUGUUCACCUCCCUCAAGCAGAAAGGCUGUCAAUCAUCUCUGACUUCCUCCACAGUGUGUGUCCUGUUGAGUGCGUCGUCCUCACACUGGCUAAGGGAAGGAUGCUGGAGUUGGAGCUCACCAAGGUUGUUCUGCUCCUGUGUUACUACGGACUUGUUAACAACAGUCUGGUGCCCGAAGUGGAGUUUGAAACUGAGCUACAGAUGGCGACCAUGUUGCGUUACGUUCAGCGAGGAGCGAGUGGUCUGUCUCUGCGUGAUGGUCUGGACAAACUCCUGACCACAAGCUCGCUGAUCCACACCUCGUCCGUGAGCAGUAUGUCCUCCAUCAGCGAGGACGGCUCACCCCUUUUCCCCCGAGCACGAAGUUCUCCGCUCGUCAACUUUGUGGAGCUGGAUACUGUGGCCUCCAGCUCGUUUGUCGGCUCACCUCUACAGGAGCUGAUGAGCACGCCUCAGGUGCAGGUGAAGCGGCUGCGUAAGGAGUUAGCGCACGAAGGAGACGUGCGAGACGAGCUGGAACGAGAGCUGGCCGAGCGAAUCAAUCUCCUCUCAGAGAAAGAGGGGCAGAUGAGUCAGCUUCAGCACAGGCUGCAGCGCUUACAGAGGGAUCAGGAGGAGAUGGAGAAGGAGCACAAAGCUACACUGACCGAGCUGCAGCAGAAGAACGAAGGACUCCUCGCACGGGUACACGAGGUCGUAAAGCAGUGUCGAGACCUUAAAACAGACAACAGCCAGAAAGAACGACGGCUCGACGAGCUGAUGGAGGAGAACGGAACUCUCGCCGCACAGGCGAGAAACGCCUUCGCCCAGCUCGCAAGGGCCGAGGAGGAAGUCGCUAAAAUAACAGAAGCUCACAAUUCAUCCCAGACUGAGUGGGGGAACAGGAGGGACCUGCUGCAGAGAGAGCUAAGCCAGGCCAUCACUGACCGGGAAUGUCUUUCUGAGCAAAUUCAGAUCUUACAAGGAAAGAUCUCCGUUCUGGAGGACGAACUCGCCAAGCUUUCCGAGCAGCCCCAAGAAAAAGGUGAAGUCCUGGGGCCGAUUGUAGAGCGGGAGAAACUGAAGCAGGAACUCACAGACUUGACUCAAAAACUUUCCAUACUUGAAGAAACCAUUUCCCUCCUCGAGACGGAGAAAAUGUCACUCGGAGCAUUAUUGGCAGAAGAGAGAAGCUCCUUUGAAAAGGAAACCCUGCGGUUGGAGAGACGCAUUUCAGAUCUUCAGCAGUCUAUAAAGAAUAUGCAAGCAGAGAAAGAUGCUCAGGAACAAGCCUCAAGGACCACAGAAGAAACUCUUACCUCCCAGAUAGCAGCUUUGGAAACCGAUCUGGCUCAUCUUCAGCAGCUAGAAGUUCAUCUGACGGCAGAGAUCGCUACAUCUGCCGAACUGCGCCAGCAACGUGGGAUGCUGGAGGCUAAGGUCACCUCCUUGGAGGAUAUGGUUAAUAUGCUACAAUCCAAGUGCCAGAACAUGGAGGCAGAAAAUGCAACACAGCAGGAAGUUCUUAAUGCUGUCAGGGCUGACCUGCAACAUGCCCAGAUUUCUCUCGUGGAAUAUGAAAAAAGGUUGGCGGACCAUCAAAAAGUGGUAGAAGAGAACGCUUCGCUCCGAGCCAGAAUCUCUGCGCUGGAUGACACCAUCGCAAAUCUGCAAACCGAGAUCGACGCACAGAGAAAAAGAGGCGACGAGCUUCUCUCAGCAAACGAGCAGCAGAAAGCUUUGAUGGAGGAAAAGUUUCAAAAACAGGAGCAAAAAGCGCACGAGAUGUUUGCAGAGCUAGAGACUCUCAGCCAAGAGCUUCGCAGAAUGAAGCGCGAGAAACUUGAAGCCGAGUCACGCGUCGAGAGGUUAACCCAAGAAGGAGCGGACCUUAAAGCAAGUCUAGCAGAAGAGCAAGAUCGAGGCCAGUCGCAACUGACUCUAGUAACCAAGGCCAAAGAGGAGAGGGAGAUGGAACUGCAGCAGAUUAUUACAGAUCAUCAAAACAAAAUAUCAGAGUUACGAAUGAAGAUCGAGGGAACUGUAGAGUUGCUGAAGCAGAGCGAAUCCGAACUGUCGGUGCUGAAAGAAAAAACUAUUUCUAAAGACGGAGAACUCCGCAUACAACAAGAGGAACUGUCCGACCUUCAAUAUAAGGCAGACGAUCUGCAAAGACAGCUCUUGGAGGUAGAAGAACUUUCACAACAUUUGAGUCAGGACAUGGUCUCCAAAGACAGGGAAGUUCAACACUUCAAAGCAGAGCUUGAACAGAGGGAAGGAGAGAUCCAGGCCCUUAACGUCAACCUUCAGUCUCUUGAAGCGAAGUCCAGUGAAACACGUGACCUUCACCAGAAGGAAAUUGAAAAGCAGACGCUUGCCAUCACGGAGCUGAAGCUACAACUUUCCGAAGCCGAGAAACUUAUCUCGGAGAAAGUUCAAUCUCUGCAAGCUCUCGCCCAGGAGUUAAAGGGUUUAAAGGAAGAGCUUUCCAUCGAAAGGCGGAGAGUCGUUACGCUGGAAAUUAGUUUCAAGGCUUCAAAGGAGGCCCAUGAAGUCAAGGAGCAGACUUUGAGUCUGGAGGUUACACAACUGCAGCAGGAGAUCGAUGGACAUUUGAAGAAGUUGGAGGAGUCAUUAAAUGAGAGUAAUUCCCUCAAAGAGGAAUUGUCACGCCAACGGGAUCUUGCAUUCCAGAGAGAAAGCGAGGUUUCUGUUUUAGCAGCACAAAACAAAUCUCUGGAGGGAGACUUUGCUCAACUUCAGAAUAAAUUAUCAGAGGCCAUAACGCUAGCUACAGAACGGCAAACGGAGUUACUCAAGCUUCAAGAGGAGGUUCAGCAUCAAGAGACUCUCAGAGCAAAAGUACAGGAAGUCGAGGAGACUCAACGUAAAGAGCUUCAAAGAGAGGUCACCGAACUUCAGGCUAGAGUUCAGAAGCUUACCAGUCUUGCUUCUGAGAGAGAAAUACAGCUUGGUUCUCUUAAUGAAAAGAUGAAAGCACAAGAAGAAUACAAUCAGAAACUCCUUCAAAAAUCCGACGAGGCUCUUCAGAAAGAACUUGAGAACGUUGUAGACUUGAAGGGGCAGCUCGAGUCUGCCAAGAAUCAGACUGCAGCUAAAAAUGAACUUUUGGAGUCAACAGAAGAAAAGCUGAGACAAAUGGAGCUCGUGUACCAACAGAAAGUAUCCCUUAUUAGUGAAACUUGUCAGGCCAAGGAAGCUUUAGAAAGAACAGUGAAUGAGCUUUGCAGUAAGCAGAAGCGAGAUCUGGAUAUGUACCAGCAAGGUUUAGAAACCUUGAAAAAGGAAAAGGAACAUCUGUCUUUGAUGAAUGAAUCUCUCCAGAGUGAAUGCCAGGCCUUGCAGGCAAAGAGCAAGGAGCAAGAGGAUACAUUAAAUGCAUUUAAGGCUGACCUGCAAAGCACCCAAGAUGGAUACGAGAGAGAUUUAGAAGCCCUGAAGAAGGAGAAGGAGCAUCUCCAGGAUAAGUGUCGGAGCUUGCAGACCGAGAACAAAGGGCAGGAAGAGGCCCUGAAUACUCUGACGGCUGAUCUUCAGAAAACCCAAGAUAGGUAUCUGAAAGAUGUAGAGAUCAUGAAAAAAGAGAACGAACAUCUCUCUUCAGCAAACCAGUCUCUCCAGAUCGAGUGUCAGAGCUUACAGACAGAGAAUAAAAGUCAACACGAAGCCAUGGACUCCCUAAAGGCUGAACUCCACAACACAGAAAAUGGGUUCCAGCAAGAGGUCGAAACACUGAAGAAGGAACAGGAACAUCUUUCCACACUGAACCAGACCCUUCAGACUGAGUGUCAGACCUCGAAGGCAGAGAACCAAAAGCAACAGGAGAUACUAAAUGCACUAAAGGUGGACCUACAGACUGCCCAAGAGGGGUUCCAGCAAGAGUUAGGAAACUUGAAGAAGGAGAAGGACCAUUUCAGCUCAGUUAGUCAGUCCCUUGAGGUUGAGUGUCAGAAAUUACAGACAGAGAAUAAGAUGAAGCUGGAGGAAUUAAAUGCCCUAAAAGCUGACCUCCAGAACACGCAAAAUGAGCAUCAGCAAGAGAUGGAAUCACUAAAGAAUGAGAAGGACCAUCUCUCUUCCGUGACCCAGUCUCUCCAGACUGAGUGCCAAAACUUGCAGGCAAAGGAAACAAGGCAACAGGAGGAGUUUAGUGCCCUCAAGGUUGACCUGCAAGAAAACAAAGAUAAAUUUGAAAAAGAUCUGGAGAUCUUAAGGAAUGAGAGAGAUCAACUUUCUUUAGUGAACCAGACCCUCCAGAGUGAGUGCCAAAACCUACAGGCAGUAAAAACUGGGCAUGAGGAGGAGCUGAAUGCCCUCAAGGCUGACAUGCAAGAAAGCAAAAAUAAAUACGGACAAGACGUGGAAACUUUGAGGAACGAGAAGGAACAGCUUGCCUUAGUGAACCAGACCCUUCUUAAAGACCUUGAGGCAGCCCAGAAAGUGGGAGCAGAACUGGUCUCUGUCAAAGAAGUUGCUCAACAGCGUGAACACGAGCUUGAAAAUCAAGUCAAGGAACUGCAGGUGAAGAUUAAAGAAAUUUCGUCACUGGCUGAUGAAAGAGAGGCUGAAAUUAGAAAUCUUCACUUGGAAGUAAAGCAGCAAGAAGCUUCAAGGCUCCGUGCUGAAGAAUCUGAGAAGGCUUCAAGAGCUGAACUGGAGGCAAAGGUUGCCCAACUUCAAGUCCAGUGUGAGGAAGCCUGUAAACUUUCAUCUGAGAGAGAUUCAGAGUUGAAUCUGCUUCGAGAUCAGUAUAAAGAGUCUGAGAAGCAGAAGCAAGAUGCCUGUCAGGCUAACAAAGUCUUGGAGAACACGGUUUCUGAGCUGUGCCUCAAGCAAAAACAAGAGAUCGAGGAAUACCUUCAGCAGCUGGACGCCUUGGCGAAGGAGAAAGAUGCGCUUACCACAACGCUCCAGACUGACAGAAAGGCACAGCGGGAGGCUCUGGAUGAUCUACAGAGUGCUUUGCAGCAGGAAGUGAAGACACUGCAAAAACAAAAGGAGCGCUUGUCUUUCGUUAACCAGUCACUUCAGAGGGAGUGUGAUGCCUCCCAGAGACUUGGAGCAGAGUUAGAAGUGAAGCUGAAAGGGCAGACCGAAUCGUUCAUGGCUGUAAAAGAGGCUCUCCAAAAGAAAGAGAUGCAGAACCAAGAACUUCUGGAGCAGCUCAAGGUGAAGGCUGAAGCGGUGGAGCACUACAAAGUGCAGGUAGAAAAAGCAAUGACUCAUUACAACGGUAAAAAACAGCAACUCCUGGAGGAGCAGGAAGCAUGUCAGACCCUUCAGGCCUCUUUGGAAACAAGUGAGAGUGAAGCAAAAGCCUUGAAGGCUGAGCUUAAACUGGUCUCCAUGGAGCUGGAGAAUAUCAAGGCAUCAGAGAAGAGAUUGAUGGUACAGAUAAAGAGCCUGGAGACUCAGUUGGCUUAUGCAGAUCAUCAGUUAAGAGAACAGAGAAAGCAGGGAGAACAAAGUGUCCAGGUGCAACACAGAGAAAAUCCCAGAAGUCAUCAGGCCAUCAACGGUAGUUCGGACAGCCUGGAGCUCGACCUGGACGAUUCUUUGAAUGCUGUUAGCAGUAAACAGUCCGUACCUGGUGAGUCCAGCACUCCUUUGGUCCGAAGUUCAGAGCGAUUAGCAGCAAAAAGGCGCAGACAAGGCGAAGGCUCACUAGAGACCCUGUACUUCACUCCCAUGAUGCCGAGGGGCAAGAAACGUGAAGGCGUAUCCCAGGACCACAAGCUAGAAAGCAGCAUCAGUUCACUCGGAGAGCUAAAUCUUGAUUCGACGAGGAAGCCGAGCUCUUCGGUCCGGAGGCGACGCACCACUCAAGUCAUCAACAUCACUAUGACCAAGAAAACUCCCCUCGGUGUCGGCGGUGACGCAGACGCAGACGAGUCUUUCUCCAGCCUGCACUCGGCUCAGUCACAGCCCAAUCUGGCCUCACACAAAGCUCGUCCCGUGUCUGCAGAGAUCUUCGAGGAUUCCAACAAACUUCUUAGCCUUCCUGGGUUUCGCCGCAGCAACGCGCAUGUCAGCGCUCUUACACGAGCCCCAAGCACGUUCUGUAUAGGAUCCGAAAACGAGCCGGACCACACUUGUGAUGACUGGAUGAGGAUCGCAGAGCUACAGUCGCGGAAUAAAUCCUGUUUACCUCACCUGAAGAGCAGCUACCCGUUGGAGUCCAGGCCCAGCCUGGGUUUCUCGCACCUCCCUGUGACUGACGAGGAUGUUCGUACCGGCGACCCCACCGAGACCAUUCGCCGUGCCUCAACGAUCCCGUCUCAGCUCAAGGACUCCAUUGCUAAUCACCGCCUCUCAGUGGCUCCACCUGCUGCAGCUUCUCACCGCCUCUCACUAGCUCCACCUGCUGCAGCUGCUCACAGCCACGCCCCCUCGCAGUGGGCACCCCCGGCUGCCAAAGCACGGGAAGUGCGAUCCACACGCAGCCCACUGGCCCUUAAACGACCUGCGGGGCAAGUUCAAGACCUGGACACACCCGAGGCAAAGAAGUUAGUCAGCUGCUUCCCUCGAACUCCUAAAGGGCGAAACCUUCGAUCUACCAACUCGCAGAACAUCGCACCCUCUCCGGCUGAUCGGAGGCAGUCAAUGGCAUUCAUGAUCGAUAAUACUCCUAAAAAAGCUGGACGUGGUGACAUCAGGCUGCAUCAGCGCGCCAUCAACAAACUCCGCAAAUCCCCACGCACGGCCAGCACGAAGUCACCAAAGGUCAUCAGCAGUGCAAAGAAGAACCCAAGCUUUGGCGUUAAUAAAGUCGAAGAUGAGGAUGAAGAUGUGAGACCGCACUCUUCCUCGUCCUCUAAACAACUGAUGGCACUGCAUCCAGCCAAGGAAGACGCCCUUCUGGCGUGGCUCAACGGCCUGCAGCUGGACGAACCGGUGCAGCGAAUCACACAGCUUCAGGAGAGCUUCAAAGAAGUUGCUCAACAGCGUGAACAUGAGCUUGAAAAUCAAGUCAAGGAACUGCAGGUGAAGAUUAAAGAAAUUUCGUCACUGGCUGAUGAAAGAGAGGCUGAAAUAAGAAAUCUUCACUUGGAAGUAAAGCAGCAAGAAGCUUCAAGGCUCCAUGCUGAAGAAUCUGAGAAGGCUUCAAGAGCUGAACUGGAGGCAAAGGUUGCCCAACUUCAAGUCCAGUGUGAGGAAGCCUGUAAACUUUCAUCUGAGAGAGAUUCAGAGUUGAAUCUGCUUCGAGAUCAGUAUAAAGAGUCUGAGAAGCAGAAGCAAGAUGCCUGUCAGGCUAACAAAGUCUUGGAGAACACGGUUUCUGAGCUGUGCCUCAAGCAAAAACAAGAGAUCGAGGAAUACCUUCAGCAGCUGGACGCCUUGGCGAAGGAGAAAGAUGCGCUUACCACAACGCUCCAGACUGACAGAAAGGCACAGCGGGAGGCUCUGGAUGAUCUACAGAGUGCUUUGCAGCAGGAAGUGAAGACACUGCAAAAACAAAAGGAGCGCUUGUCUUUCGUUAACCAGUCACUUCAGAGGGAGUGUGAUGCCUCCCAGAGACUUGGAGCAGAGUUAGAAGUGAAGCUGAAAGGGCAGACCGAAUCGUUCAUGGCUGUAAAAGAGGCUCUCCAAAAGAAAGAGAUGCAGAACCAAGAACUUCUGGAGCAGCUCAAGGUGAAGGCUGAAGCGGUGGAGCACUACAAAGUGCAGGUAGAAAAAGCAAUGACUCAUUACAACGGUAAAAAACAGCAACUCCUGGAGGAGCAGGAAGCAUGUCAGACCCUUCAGGCCUCUUUGGAAACAAGUGAGAGUGAAGCAAAAGCCUUGAAGGCUGAGCUUAAACUGGUCUCCAUGGAGCUGGAGAAUAUCAAGGCAUCAGAGAAGAGAUUGAUGGUACAGAUAAAGAGCCUGGAGACUCAGUUGGCUUAUGCAGAUCAUCAGUUAAGAGAACAGAGAAAGCAGGGAGAACAAAGUGUGCAGGUGCAACACAGAGAAAAUCCCAGAAGUCAUCAGGCCAUCAACGGUAGUUCGGACAGCCUGGAGCUCGACCUGGACGAUUCUUUGAAUGCUGUUAGCAGUAAACAGUCCGUACCUGGUGAGUCCAGCACUCCUUUGGUCCGAAGUUCAGAGCGAUUAGCAGCAAAAAGGCACAGACAAGGCGAAGGCUCACUAGAGACCCUGUACUUCACUCCCAUGAUGCCGAGGGGCAAGAAACGUGAAGGCGUAUCCCAGGACCACAAGCUAGAAAGCAGCAUCAGUUCACUCAGAGAGCUAAAUCUUGAUUCGACGAGGAAGCCGAGCUCUUCGGUCCGGAGGCGACGCACCACUCAAGUCAUCAACAUCACUAUGACCAAGAAAACUCCCCUCGGUGUCGGCGGUGCCGCAGACGCAGACGAGUCUUUCUCCAGCCUGCACUCGGCUCAGUCACAGCCCAAUCUGGCCUCACACAAAGCUCGUCCCGUGUCUGCAGAGAUCUUCGAGGAUUCCAACAAACUUCUUAGCCUUCCUGGGUUUCGCCGCAGCAACGCGCAUCUCAGCGCUCUUACACGAGCCCCAAGCACGUUCUGUAUAGGAUCCGAAAACUAUCCGGACCACACUUGUGAUGACUGGAUGAGGAUCGCAGAGCUACAGUCGCGGAAUAAAUCCUGUUUACCUCAUCUGAAGAGCAGCUACCCGUUUGAGUCCAGGCCCAGCCUGGGUUUCUCGCACCUCCCUGUGACUGACGAGGAUGUUCGUACCGGCGACCCCACCGAGACCAUUCGCCGUGCCUCAACGAUCCCGUCUCAGCUCAAGGACUCCAUUGCUAAUCACCGCCUCUCGGUGGCUCCACCUGCUGCAGCUUCUCACCGCCUCUCACUAGCUCCACCUGCUGCAGCUGCUCACAGCCACGCCCCCUCGCAGUGGGCACCCCCGGCUGCCAAAGCACGGGAAGUGCGAUCCACACGCAGCCCACUGGCCCUUAAACGACCUGCGGGGCAAGUUCAAGACCUGGACACGCCCGAGGCAAAGAAGUUAGUCAGCUGCUUCCCUCGAACUCCUAAAGGGCGAAACCUUCGAUCUACCAACUCGCAGAACAUCGCACCCUCUCCGGCUGAUCGGAGGCAGUCAAUGGCGUUCAUGAUUGAUAAUGCUCCUAAAAAAGCUGGACGUGGUGACAUCAGGCUGCAUCAGCGCGCCAUCAACAAACUCCGCAAAUCCCCACGCACGGCCAGCACGAAGUCACCAAAGGUCAUCAGCAGUGCAAAGAAGUUAAAGUCGAAGAUGAGGAUGAAGAUGUGAGACCGCACUCUUCCUCGUCCUCUAAACAACGUGCAAUAGAAACAAUGUCAGGAUACUGAAUGUUUUAAUCCUGAAUGUUUGGUUGUGGAUUUGUAUCUCCUUUGUAUCUUCUGUCGUCAAAAUCUAUUGCCUUAUCGACUGCUGUUUUUUAUCCUGUGUCCCAAAGGAAGGAACAGACCUCACUGCAUCCAUUAGCAGCCUCUGACCACUGUCUCUUCCACCAUGUUGUGUCUAAUGGUACAUUGUAUACUUGGUUAUCGGUACACCCUUAGAUUUACCAGCAGCUUUAAAUCAUGAGCUGGUGUUUAUGUACUGAAUAAUGCCGUGUUCGGUGAACAGGCUCGCACGGGUUUGAUUAUUCUAUCACAGUUAUUACCACAGGGCUGUAGAUAUUCAGUAUAUUUUUGUAUUUGUUCUUUUUUCCGUGUGCAUUUUUUAAAUGCUUCCAGUUUUCCUGUUCGAUCAAAACGUAUAUAUGUAUAAAUUGUGCCGUUUUCUUUUUUUAUCCGUUAUUUUAAACGUUUGUCCUUGUUUUUCUAUUCUUUGCUUCAUUUUCACUUUUUAAAAGGUUUUGUUUCAUGUGCAGAAAUUAAACUCAGCCAAGCGAC